AUGCUGGCGGGCGCCAGGCACCAGCGGCGGCGGCGGCAGCUACAGCAGCCCCAGCAGCCCCGGUGGCCGCAGCCUCUCCCGUGGCCGAUGAAUGCAGACCCACCGCCACCGCCCUGGGUUUGGAUGGUUCCCGGUACCGCCGGGCUGCUCCGGCUUGGCACCGGGGUCGCGCCCCCGCCAGUGCUGUUGGCUUCGGCGCAGCCUGCCUCUGCCUCGCUGCUCCCGCGGCUUUCCGGCUGGCCAGCCCCGGGAGAGCCCCUGCUACCCCUGCUGCCGCUGUCCUCUGCGCCAGACCACGCCGUGCACCAUUAUCCCCUGCUCCACGGACAGUGGCUGUUUGGUGGUCAUUCUCCAUCCAUAGGACUGGCCCCCUCCUCUGCUGUGGAGUUGGUGCCCCUUUUUCCACAUGUCUGGCCUUCUACUCUGUCACCGCCUGUUUCAAAAAGCUGGAUAGAUAAGAGGAUGCCUAAUUACAAGAUCUUUUUUAAUAAUUCCUUUGCUCUGGACUCAACAUGGAUAUACCCUGAGGAAUCAGGACUCUUCCACAGUCAUGAAAAAACUCAUUUUCUGGCAAACCAAGUAACUCCAUCUCUGUCCAGGCUCACUCCUGCCUCCAGGCCUCUCCCCACUGUGGUAUUAGCAGCUCAACCAAUACCAGGUGGUUGCCAUGACAGCCUUAAGCCAGUCAGCAGAGGUCCCACCAUCACCAUCACUGCUGCCACGGCUGCUGCAGCUACUGCCAUGGUCUCUGUAGACCCCGAGGAACUCCGGGGCCUGACCCCCUCCAUCAUGCAGCCGUGCCAUUUGCUGACAUUGACCCCCAUCAGAAUCCCCCUCCGGACCGCCCCAUUCUCAGAUAAAGGCAAAGAGCACAGCCGUGCACCCCGUACCCCUGCCCUGAUGCUGCGUGCCCCAGAGAGGAAAAGCCUGGUGGGAGACAAAGAGGAUAAGGCGCCUCCACCCAUAUUGGUAAGAGGGGAGGAUACUGCAGCUAAAGGCAAUAAACCGGUGGCCUCCACGCCUGUGCCUGGAUCCCCCUGGUGUGUGGUCUGGACGGGUGAUGACCGGGUUUUCUUCUUCAACCCGACCAUGCAGCUGUCAGUCUGGGAGAAGCCAGUGGACCUGCAGAACCGUGGGGACCUCAAGAGAAUCAUCGAGGACCCACCCCACAAACGCAAGCUGGAGAUCUCAGCAACUGAAAGCAGUGAUGGAUCCAGUUCAGAAGAUGGCAGUGAGGACCAAAGUGUGAAAACCAAGAGGAACAGGACUGAAAGCUGUGGAAGCCCUGGAACAGAAGACACCCAGCAAGUGGACAAGGGACCACAGACACCACCCCCACAGAUUCUCCUACCCCUGGAAGAACGUGUGACCCAUUUCCGAGACAUGCUGCUGGAGAGAGGGGUGUCAGCGUUUUCUACUUGGGAGAAAGAAUUGCAUAAAAUUGUGUUUGACCCAAGAUAUCUCCUGCUAAAUUCUGAGGAAAGAAAACAGAUAUUCGAGCAGUUUGUCAAGACAAGAAUCAAAGAAGAAUACAAGGAAAGGAAAAGUAAAUUGCUGCUAGCCAAAGAAGAAUUCAAGAAACUUCUAGAAGAAUCUAAAGUAUCACCCAGGACCACAUUUAAAGAGUUUGCAGAGAAACAUGGCCGGGAUCAGAGGUUUCGUCUUGUUCAGAAGCGAAAAGACCAGGAGCACUUUUUCAACCAGUUCAUACUUAUCCUUAAAAAACGGGAUAAGGAAAACAGACUAAGGCUCCGGAAGAUGAGAUGA